AUGUCUCACGGCAAACGUGGAGCUGUCUAUGGUGUCGAUGAUGAUGAACUUCAAAUUGACAACAUUUACGAGCACCUGAGUACCAAAAACUGCCCAGAGCUGGUGGACAAACCCAAGAUCAUCAUGAUCCAGGCCUGCAGAGGAGGCAUUCACAAUGCAGUCGGAGGAGACAUCGAGGAGGAUACAAUUCGCUUCUUACACAAAGAAAAAGAUUUCAUUGCUCUUCUCUCUUGCACCCCUGUCGAACUAUAG